AAUGGUUGAUGACCAACAACUACAAUCUCAUUUCUGCCUUCUCUGCUUUGCUCAUUCUUAACCAUGAUCGACCUACGUGAAUUUUCCUCCUCCUUCGUCCCUCUCACAGCGGCUGCUUUAGCUCUAUUAUUAGCCAUUUUUAUUAUCCUCUUCCGUGGCCCAAAGUCCCCUUACAGGGCCAAAAAAUAUCACCCCAUCGGCAGCUCUCACCUCAGCCAAGUACUCAAUUUCUACAGGGUCCAUGACUUCAUGACUGACCUUGCACGCAAACACAAAACUUACAGAUUGUCUACCUUUUCCAGAAGUGAGAUUUUCACCACUGACCCUGCUGUCGUUGAAUACAUCCUCAAGACAAACUUUCCCAACUAUGGCAAGGGAUUGUACCAGUAUAACAUUUUGACAGAUCUACUGGGUGAUGGCAUCUUUGCUGUAGACGCAGAAAAGUGGAAACAUCAAAGGAAAGUAUCAAGCUAUGAAUUCUCCACCAAGAUUCUGAGGGACUUCAGCAGUGCAGUCUUUAAAACCACUGCUGUAAAACUUGCUCGAAUCAUUUCUGAAGCUUCAACAUCAAACCAAUCGUUAGACAUGCAAGACCUGUUCAUGAAAGCAACCUUAGACUCUGUGUUUAAAGUCAUAUUGGGCAUAGACUUAGAUGGUUUGUCUAGAACAUAUGAAGAAGGCGCUCGAUUCUCUGAUGCUUUUGAUAAAGCAAAUGCAAUUACUUCUUUUCGAUAUGCUGAUUUCUUUUGGAAGAUUAAGAGGUUCUUGAACAUUGGAUCUGAGGCUGAAUUGAGAAAGAAUAUUAAAGUGGUUGAUGAAUUUGUGUACAAAUUAAUUAAAAGCAAAAUUGAGCUACUCAAUAAUCCACAUGCUGAUACACAACCUGGGAAGAAGGAAGACCUUCUGUCAAGGUUUUUGGAACUGAAAGAAUCAGAUCCAAAAUACUUGAGGGACAUAGUUCUCAAUUUUGUAAUUGCUGGCAAAGAUACCACUGCUAUCACUCUUUCUUGGUUCUUUUACUUGCUUUGUAAGCACCCUGAUAUACAAGAAAAGAUUGCAAAAGAAAUAAUGCAAGCAACCCAAGUGAGAAGUGAUUUCAGUAUUGAGGAGCUUGCGGCCAAAGUAGAUGAGCAAACCCUUGACCAGAUGCACUAUCUCCAUGCUGCUUUGUCUGAGACACUGAGGCUAUAUCCUGCAGUUCCUGUGGAUCCGAAGGUUUGUUUUUCUGAUGACACGCUGCCUGAUGGUUUCAGUGUGAAAAAAGGAGAUAUGAUUGCAUAUGUACCUUAUGCAAUGGGUAGGAUGAAAGAUAUAUGGGGUAAUGAUGCAGAAGAAUUCCGGCCAGAGAGAUGGCUCAAUGAAAAUGGUCAUUUCCAGCCAAAAAGCUCUUUCAUCUUUACAUCCUUCCAGGGGGGUCCGAGAAUUUGUCUAGGGAAAGAAUUUGCUUACAGGCAAAUGAAAAUUUUCUCUAUGAUCUUGCUUGGAAGCUACAAAUUCAAGCUCAACGAUGAAAGUAAACCAGUUAAGUCCAGAACUGCUUUGACUCUUCAUAUUGAUGGUGGACUGCAUCUUCGCGUCUUCUCAAGAUCGAACCGUGACACUACAGUUGAUGCUUGAACUUCUUCCUACUGCUUUUGCCACUUGACUGAAUCAUGAAAGUAGAGAGCCAAUAAACCAUAUAUGUAUGAUGUUUGAUUAUAUUGUUGUGCUUGUGUGAUGUCUCUCAAUUCUCAGUCAACCGGUUGAAAGACAUUCUUGGAGAAGCAUUUCCAUUUUGUAACUAGUAAAACUAUCUCUAUUAGCAUAUACAUAUAAAUGACAUGUUGUUCUGUGA